AUGACUGAUCAAUCUCUGCUCUCCGCCGUCAAAUCUGGCCGCUCACGCCACUACCCCACGUUACACACCUCUCCCCUCCCAGGCGUACAGCACGCCACUACCCCACGUUACACACCUCUCCCCUCCCAGGCGUACAGGUCGGUCCUACAGGCGCUGGGGUGGCAGGACUUGGUUGUCGUGUGCGACUCCAGCGAAGGACUCCUGCGGGUGAAGGAACUCCUUAAAGAUGACGCCUUCAGGGUCACGCUCAGGGACCUGCCUCGCGGCCUGGAUUACAGGGAGCUUCUGAAGGCAAUCAAGUUAUCAGGAAUUGUGCACAUCCUGCUUGAAGUUCAUCGCUCCAAAAUACAUUCCCUGCUGAAGCAGGCGCAGCAGAUAGGCCUGAUGACGGCCUAUCACCACUACUUCAUCACUUCUUUGGUGAGCACUUAG